AUGAAGUCUUCUUUCGUUUUGGGGGCAUUGAGCUUCCUCGCUUCCAGUACAGGUUGCGCCGCAAAAAUGACCGUACCUAACAGCCUUUUCCUCAAGUCCAUCGCCGAGUCGGUCUCUUUGCCAAUGUAUACUUGGUCGGCCAAUGGAACCCAUACUGCCAAGGGAUACACCACCAAGGCGGGCGACAAAACCAGCGUCGAGGGUAUGAAGGAGGACUGCGACAACAUCAACCUGAACAAGAAGAUUGCCGUUGACUUCCGCAGCGACGUGUUUGGCCCUGGCUUGAUUGGAUACUUCUAUAAGUGCGAGAAGAUCCGUGAUGACACCAACCUCUACUGGUUCACCAUCAGCUCCGGAAAUCCCUCUCUGAUCGACAAGAUGUGUGAUCCCAACACGAAUUAUCCCAUUGUUUACGACUCACAGCACAGUACCUGGUGGAUUGAUGAGCCUUUUGACUGCACUCAGCGUACCUCUCCGCCCACGCAUUCUCAGUAA